AACACCACCUUCAUUUCCAUUUUCACGCUUUCUACGCCACACUUUUAUUUAAUCGUUUUUCUUAAAUACCGUUAUCAUUCCGGCGAUUGUUCAUCGGAAAACCGAAGAGGCUCAUCAAAGAUGGAGCCACUGGUCACUGAUGAUUGUCGCGUUAAUUUCCCAGGCGAUCACGUUACAUCCUCGUGCCGUCGUGUAUUUCGGGAACUUUAACUGUAUCUGAAAAGAAAUUAAAAACCCUUAGGCAAAAACAACUUAGAUUUAGCAGAGUUUUGAAGUCAUUCGAUGCUUUGUCAGGCAAAAUAGAGGCAAAUUAGUAUAUAUUAAUUAAGCUUGUGACUCUCGAGUCUUGGUGAAUCGCAUUGAUUUUUGGCCCUCAGAAAAGUUUAUGAAUUUCUGUGUUGAUUGCGUUUGACUGACCUCAUCACAAAGCCACAUGUCUUCCAGUAGCCCAAGCGGAGUAUCAAAAAGAGUUUGAAGUGUUGUCGUGGUACCGGUGGAAGCAGAAGAGGGGUUUUGUUUACAUUUCUUUUUACCAGAGCUGAGAAAAAUGCCUUUCCCAAUGAAAAUCCAACCUAUCGAUUUCAGCCCUUCAGAAGAGGUAGCGCCGCCUCGUUUGGAGACGGUAAAGCCGGUGGUGAAAUCAAGGCUAAAGAGAUUGUUCGAGCGCCCGUUUCCUAGCGUUCCGAGAAAUUCCGCGGCGGAGAAGGUGGAUGCCGUUGCAGCCGAUGAGCUGCCUUUUACUAAAGAAUGCACGGCGGAGUUCGAGCCGAAUUCCGUUUGCUUGGCAAAGAUGGUGCAAAAUUUCAUCGAAGAGAACAACGAGAAACAUCAAUCUGGUGCGGUUAGGUGUAAUCGUAACCGCCCUAACUGCUUCAAUCGUAACCGCAACGAAAGCUCCGAAGACGAAAUGGAUAGCUUCGGUUUUAGUGACUCCAAUCUCACUUCUUCGGCUGAAACGUCUGAAGUUCUGAAGAGUUUGAUUCCUUGUGGGAGUGUGAAUGAAAGGAAUUUGCUGGCUCAUACCGCGAAGAUUAUGGAGAAGAACAAAAUUUCUAAACGGAAAGAUGAUUACUGCAGGAAGAUUGUUACUGAUGGGUUACUGGCUGUUGGAUACGAUGCUUCUAUCUGCAAAUCUCGUUGGGAAAAAUCUCCCUCUUAUCCCGCCGGGGAAUAUGAAUACAUUGAUGUGAUGAUUGACGGGGAGAGAUUGUUGAUCGACAUUGAUUUCCGAUCAGAAUUCGAAAUUGCCCGAUCAACAAAGACUUACAAAUCAAUCCUUCAAAUGCUUCCCUUCAUCUUCAUAGGCAAAGCUGAUCGUCUCCAGAGGAUAAUUGCUAUUGUUUCCGAGGCGGCUAAGCAGAGCCUGAGGAAGAAGGGACUGCAUGUUCCUCCAUGGCGCAAAGCUGAGUAUGUCAGCGCCAAAUGGCUCUCUCCUUAUAACCGAGCGACACCUUCACCCGCACUUGCGCUUACAUCCACGACGACACCCACAAUUGGGACACUUAAAGGAUCUGAAUUCGAUGCCAAAACUAAGGAUAAAGAUCAACCUAUUAUCGAAUUGAUUUCGAACGAUAAAAACUCGGUUGGAGAUGCAGAGUUGGGCGAGUCCAUAUUUUUUUUAUCUGAGAGCUCCGAGGACGAAGGGGAGCAAAAGGAGGAGAAAGAAGAGUGGAAGUCACCUGAGACAAAACCCAGAAGCUUACAGACUGGGAUUAAGAUCGUGACUGGUUUAGCUUCAGUAAUCGAAGAUGGACCGAGAGAAUUUUGACUUUUUAUUUCCCCCCCUCUUUUCCCAUUUGGGUUACUAGAGAAACCAAAUACUACGGUUAACUGUUUAAAUCCCCUUCUGUUUUUUAUAUGUAAGGGUUGAUCUCUGAAUUUUUUACUACUACUAUGAAAUCAGGUUGUUAUAUAAAUGGAUAAACAAGACAAAUUAGAAAUUUUGUUCUUAAGC